AUGGCGAAUUUGAAGUCCCUCAUCUAUCUUGCUGCGCUUUCGGCAGUACAUGCUACGGUUACACCUGGUAGUCUCACCACCAUAUCAACCGCCGUGGAUGCCAACAGCCAAGCUGCUUGGUGGAAUCCCUUGGACGAAUAUGGCGGUUACGACUGGCUAGCCUACCUACAAAACCCUCCCGGCGGAAGCACGGCCAACAACAAUGUGAUGGUAGCCCGCCGGUCCAUUUCCGAUGGCAUCAUCUCCCGCGACUGUCUCAAGACUUCAGCUGGCGACUGUGCUGUUUUCGCGGAUGACCUUGGACACAAUACUCCGAGUAUCAGUGUGGACGGCGAUGGUUAUGUCCAUGUCUUCACCAGCAUGCAUAAUGAGCCGUGGCAGUACUUCCGAUCGGCCACACCGUACAGCAGUACUUUGGUCGAUGCUAGCUCAGAAAUGCCGGAUCAAACCACCAAGUUCACAUAUCCUGUCAUCAAACGUGACGCUGAUGGCAAUCUAUGGUUGAUCAUUCGUGGGCAAGCACCCAACGACAACAACGCGAAAGGUGGUUACUUCUACAAGUACUCAACCGAUGAUGGAUCAUGGUCUCGUGUUGCUAUCUGGGCAUACAACAAAGGAUACUCAGUGUACCCAGAUGAUAUUGCUUUCUCGUCGGAUGGAGAUGUCCAUCUCCAGUGGGAAUGGAGCAAGUAUCCUGCAUCUGCCGUACGCCAUCAAGGAAGCUACGUGCGCUACAACCCAUCGACAAAAGCUUUCACAUCAGCUUCGGGAGACACAGUCUCGGUUCCUGUCACACAGAACAGUGCCGAUGUUGUCUAUCAGCCCUUGACGUCAGGUGAGACUUACAGCGGCGAUAUCAAUGCUUCGCCAGGCCCUGCCUUCCAAAGUGCGAAGAUGGCACUCUACGAGAGGGAUGGAUCUCUUCAUAUCCAGCAUGCAUAUCGCUUCAAGACAUCCAACGCAGGUCCAUGGCAAGUUCGUCGUGCCACUGGUACAUAUGGAACUCAGGAUCCUUGGAAGCGGGAGAUACUCUACCAGGAUAGUGAGACAAGUGCUACAGUUGGCAUCACGCAUGAUGGUACGACCGCACGUAUCUACUACUGCCGUUCCUCGGCCAGUGCAUAUGUGCUUGAGAAGUUCGGCGGUGCUGGAUGGACUAACACAGCUCUUGAGCCUACGGUUGGGAAGAAGGUGCAGCGUCUUCAGGCCGUGAUGAGGAGUGACGGAACUGAUGUGUUGUACCUGGGAUCCCCUACAAAUGUUAACUCUACAACUGGAAGCCUGUACCUUGUGACAGUUGGGGGACGAGAUUAA